GCAUCCCUUCGCAGCGAACUUGGAGAAGAACAUGAGUUCGAAUUUGUGCAAGGCACGAUUGAGUGGCCUAUGGCGUCGGGGCUUGAACCGAUUUCGAACCCCAAUGAGACUUAUUACGCAUACUUCGAGUACACACCGGAGUCUGCCCUGGCCGCGGUGGAGGCUUUAGAACGGUACAUCAGCGUUGAAGGACCCUUUGACGGAAUUCUAGCGUUCAGCCAGGGUGCAGGCCUGGCAAUUAUGUUCUUACUCCGCUAUUGCUCCCUGCCACCUCAAAGAUCGCCUCUGUUCAAAUGUGCACUCUUGUUUUCCCCAACAGGCAUGUAUGACCCUGUGGCCUGGAUCAAUACUGGAACGAUACAAAAAGUAGAUACAACCGAUAGAGUUACUCUCACGAUCGCAUCGAUCGUGGUGUGGGGAGAGCAAGAUCUUGAUGGCGUGUCCGAAGAUAGUGGCGUGGCUGCUCGACUCUUUGAUAGUGAUAUGGUAUGGAUACAUGUACACAAUAGAGGGCAUGAGAUUCCGUCGGCGGCUUCUGUUGAAGCAUUUAGGGGCAUGAUGCGGUAUAUUAGGAGAGCAAUCACGCUUGCGCGUGUUCUGGCCCAUUCCGACCGAGUCGCUCAGCAGACUCACCCUAGGAGCUGA